AUGAAGUUCCACAAGGUCAACCCCGCUGGCGCAGCAUAUCCUGUCUGCGUGAUAUGCGGGAGCCCUAUCCUCGAAUCCAAAUACCCGGACUAUAACGACCGGGAAGACUGGGGGCAGAAAACAAGAAACAGGCGCGGACGGUGCGCCUACACCUCGACGGCUGACGUCGAGGCCACGGACCUGAGCGACGACCCCGCGCGCUGGGCCAAGUGGUAUCGCGCAAUUAUCUUCCACCCAAAGACAAAGGGGGCACACCUGUCUGGUCUGGCCCGCGGCGCUCACCCGGAUUACGCACCGGUGGUGCCAACCGACUCGAACAAGGCGCGGCUCUCUGGUCGUCCCAAACACGACAAUGACUGGAACACCGAGUUUUACCCAGCAGACAUCUUCUACAAGCGUGCACUCAUUAAAGACAAGCGAUACGGCUUCGCAAUCCACGCGCACUGCUGGCUCCUUCUCACCCGGACGAUCGAUCUCGCGACAAUUGAACGCAAUCUCGAGGUCUUCUGCCUCGCCGUUAGACUCCUCUGGAACUUCGAGGGACGUGCUCCGUACUGGGGAAGAACACUGACGCAUAACCCGAGCAACCGGUGCCUUGACCAGGGGACCUUUGGUCGGCGCAAGAUAAAAAUGGUCGGGGUAUUCUGUAAUCCGGAUCGCCCGGCUGAAUGGCCCCUGUAUGCGCGCCAUACAUCCGGGAGCCCGUACCACAUCCCGAAGAUCCACGCGCUCAUCACGCAGGCCACUCAAAGCGCCGGUAAAUGUAGCAACCAGGCUCGUCCGCGUCGCCAGCAGCGACCUCAACCCACCCAGCCAAUCGCAACCCGACUCCCCCUCGACAUCGCCCUCGAAAUCAUCGACGUCAUCUACCACUCCGACGCGCCGACCUUCGCCCGAGCCAAGGAUACGCGCAACAUCCUCGAGGCCUUCCACUGGCACCUCCCAGACUCGUACUGGAUAAAACGGUGCAACCCGGGCCUCCUCUUCGAAAUCGCGGACCUCCGCGCCAGCGGGAAACCCGUCGACUGGGCGACGUUCUGCCUUGGCAUCGAGGAGCUCCUGGUUGAUCCCAACUGGUUCUGCAACAGCGGGCUCGGGAGGCGCAGGGUGGUUUUGGAUUUUGUGGCAACCCUGCAGCGGUAUAUGCAUUGGAUUAUGUUUGAUGAGGAGUGGAGGGGCAAGUACCUCGCUAAUCACUCGGGAGAGGCUGCGGAUUGGGGCUGGUGCCAUGGGCUGGGAGGGGGGGGAGGGGGUCGAGCUCGGGUCAAUGUGGGGGCAGAUUGA